UGACACUUGUGAAUAAAAAAAAAAUUAAAUUUUAUGUAAUUUUGUGAAAAAAAAAGUGUGAUUGCAAAAUUUAAUUCAAAAUUUUAAAAAAAUAUAAUUUUGCCAAUAGUAGUUGGCAAAAUUAACUGAAGAAGUCAAAAACUACUUAAAAAUUUUAUUUAAUAUUAGUUUCAUUUAAUUAUACUGAUUCCUAAUAAACUGUAGAAUCGGGCCUUUGGGGGUCCGAUGAAUGAUGUGCAGCUAUUAAUACCCCUGCCGAGAAUAGAAGCGCUUUAUUUGUUAUUAUUAGUUUUACAUUGAAUUUUGUGAGGGUGAAAAUAUAUUCUAAUAUAAAAUUAUUUUGUUGCAAAAAGUAAUUGGAGAAUAGUAAAAGAAAUGGUUAGCUGGAAUGCUAAGCGCAAUGUACGAAUUUUGUUAGUUGGAGACCGGGGAGUUGGUAAAACGUCAUUGAUUUUAUCAUUAGUAAGUGAAGAAUUCCCGGAAGAUGUUCCAAAUCGGGCUGAGGAAAUAACAAUACCGGCAAAUGUAACACCGGAACAAGUUCCAACAAAUAUCGUUGACUCAUCAGCUGUUGAGCAAACUGAAGAGCAGCUAUCAGAAGAAAUUCAAAAAUGUCAUGUAGUUUGUAUUGUUUAUGCUGUGGACGAUGAUGAAACUUUAGAAAGGAUAACAUCACAUUGGUUACCAUUUAUUAGAAGCAGUUGUGAUGCAGACCAGCGUAAGCCCGUUGUUUUAGUUGGAAAUAAAAUCGACUUAGUGGAGUAUUCAACUAUUGAUAGCGUACUAACAAUUAUGGAAGAUUUUCCUGAAGUGGAAAGUUGUGUAGAAUGUUCGGCAAAAACCCUUCACAACAUUUCAGAAAUGUUUUAUUACGCGCAAAAGGCAGUUCUCCAUCCUACAUCACCACUUUAUAUAAUGGAAGAACAAGAUUUAACACCAAUGUGUAAAAAGGCUCUUGUCCGAAUAUUUCGUAUUUGUGACAUUGAUGGCGAUAAUUUGCUAAAUGAUUAUGAAUUAAAUCUUUUCCAACGUCGUUGCUUCAAUACACCAUUACAACCACAAAUUUUAGAUGAAGUAAAAGCUGUUAUAAUGAAAAAUAUUCCAGAUGGAAUAUACAACGAUUCAGUUACUUUAAAAGGAUUUCUGUUUUUACAUUGUUUAUUUAUACAAAGGGGCCGUAAUGAAACAACAUGGGCUGUUUUGAGGCGAUUCGGUUACACUGAAACACUUGAUAUGUGCAAGGAAUAUUUACAACCACCACUUAAAAUUCCUCCAGGUAGCAGUACGGAAUUAUCACAUCGCGGUCAACAAUUUUUAGUAGCACUUUUUGAAAGAUAUGACAGAGAUGGAGAUGGCGCAUUAUCACAUGAAGAACAUAAAAUAUUAUUUAGUACUUGUCCAUCAGCACCAUGGUCAUAUUCAACUGAUAUUAGAAAAUCAUGUCCCGUAAAUGAUCGUGGUUUAGUUACACUUCAUGGUUGGAUGUGUAGAUGGACCUUAAUGACAUUAAUUGAUGUACCGAAAACGUUAGAGUAUUUAGGUUAUUUAGGCUAUAAUGUUCACGAAAAUGAAACACAAUUAUCAGCAAUACAUGUAACUCGAGAACGUCGUAUAGAUUUAGCUAAAAGACAAAGUAGCCGUUCGGUAUAUAUGUGUCAUGUAAUUGGUCCAAAAGGAGCUGGUAAAACUGGUUUAUGCCGUGGUCUAUUAGUUGAUGAUAUGAAAAGUCUGAUUAAUAAAGAAUUUCGUUCUAAUAUAAUUUAUUGUGUGAAUACCGUUCAAGUAUAUGGGCAAGAAAAGCAUUUAAUAUUAAGAGAUAUUGACGUUAAACAAGCAUUAGAUCCUUUACAACCACAAGAAAUCAAUUGUGAUGUUGCAUGCUUAGUUUAUGAUGCAUCCAAUCCACAGUCAUUUGAAUAUAUCGCUAGAAUUUAUAUAAAAUAUUAUGCGGAAAGUAAAAUACCCGUUAUAAUGGUUGGAACAAAAGGCGAUUUAGACGAAGUAAGACAAGAUUAUUUAUUACAACCAAAUGAGUUUUGCGAUAAAUAUAAAUUAUUGCCACCACAUAUGUUUAGUUUAAAAUCAAAUAAAAAGGAAUUGUACACAAAAUUAGCAACAAUGGCCGCGUUUCCUCGAUUCCAAGCUGCUUGGAUACUCUUCUAUAAGCACAGGUUGGUACAGCUUUGGGAAUCAACGCAUUUACGUCAAUUCGGAUUAAUGACUGAAGAUCCUCAAAUAUGGUGGAAAGCUGGUCUUGGGAUAGCUGCUGCAACAGUAAUUGGUUUCUUUGUAAUGAAAGCUUUUCAAUCACCAGUGACACAUUCACGUUAUUAAUUUUUUAAUCAAUAAUAAUAAUUGAAAUUAAAAUAUUAUGAUAUUAUCAUAUUAAUUAAAUAAACGGAUAUUUAAAUAUACAAAAUACAAAAAAAUAAAAAAAGAAAUUAAAUUAAUUAAAGGAAAUAUAAACGAAAAAUACAUACAAUAUUAUAAAAUUAUAAUAUUCUUAAUAGAAACAAAAUAACAGAAAAUUGUCACAAACAUAUGAUGACUGCGGAAAUUAAUUUUAAAAUAUAAAAGAGCUUAAAGAAAGUGUUACUUAAUAUACAAUAUUUUUAUUUAAAAUAAAGAAAAUUUGUUUGUUUUUAAUAACAUAUUUCUUUAUUUUUAAUCUACUUAUUGUUUUAAAUUUUUAACUUAAAAAUAUUACAACUACCCAUACUUUUAAAGUAUUAUAAAAUUGUUGUGUUCAAUUUAACAUUUAUUUUUUCUUUUUAAUAAUUUUUGAUAUUUAUAAAAUUUAUUUAAUAUCUUAAAAACAAAACGAAAAACAAUUUAAUAUUGUUUUUAUUUUUCGUAUGUUUAUUCCGAUAUAAUUUCCUGCCACGAAAUAAAUUCUUUUAUUUUUAUUAUUAUAUUUUGAAUAAUUUUGAUUUUGAAUAUUUUUGAUAUUAAAUAUUUUCACAAUGGAUGAAGGGGUCACAUUUAUAAUAAAAAAUAUAAAAAAAAAAUAUUCUUUAAAAAUAGUUUAGCAAGUAGAAAAUAAAAUAAUAGAUGAAAAAAAUAAAAAAAUAGAAAAUUUCAAAUAUAUUUUAAUAUUUGACAAAACAAAUUAUUUUAUAUACAUACGAUUAAAAUAACUUUUUUGUUUUUAUUUUUUGAAAAAAUAAUUAAUAA